AUGGCCCUGCUCUUGCUGGUCCUGGGGCUGAGUGCUGCUGGGGCGCAGAAGUUCAACCCCCUGGCUGUCGUGGAUAAGAACUACAACAUGGCCAGGAUUUCAGGGGUCUGGUACUCUAUUUCCAUGGCCUCAAACAACCUGUCGCGGAUUAAAGAAGACGGAGACCUGAGGAUCUUCAUUCGGAAUAUCGAACACUUAAAAAACGGCAGCCUCAAGUUCGAUUUCCGCUUCAUGGUGCAGGGUGAGUGUGUGGGCGUGAGCAUGGUCUGCCAGAAGACGAACAAGAACGGAGAGUACUCCAUCUCCUACGAGGGGGAGAACAAGGUGCUGGUCUCGGAGACGGACUACAGGAUGUACGUCAUCUUCGACAUGCAGAACGUCCGCAAUGGGACCGAGACCCGCGUGCUGGCGCUCUACGGACGGAUCCCAAAGCUGAGCCAGAACUUCCAACACAGAUUUCAUAGAGUCUGCAGAAAGUACAGACUGAGUUCCAAAAACAUCUUGGACCUGACCCAAGAAGAUCACUGCUACUCCAAGAGGUAG